AUGGGCAAGCAUAAGAAGCAUAAGCAUGGACACAGCAGCAGCAGUAGCAGUAGUAGUAGCAGCAGCUCCAGCUCGGAUGAAGAAUUCAAGCACCUGCCCAAAUCAGAAAGAAAGAUGAGGAAGAAAAUGAAGAAGCAGAUGAAGAAAGGAAAGAUGCCACAUGGUAUGGGAAUGCCAUCUGCCCAUGGAUCUAAUUACCCAGGAGCGGUACCUGCUGGAGGUAUGGGAUACCCAGGAGGGGUACCUGCUGGUGGGAUGGGAUACCCAGGUGCGGUACCUGCUGGGGGGUAUCCCUCAGGUCACGGUGCAAUGCCCCCUGCUGGUGCAGGUUACCCAGCUGGAGGAGCAGGCUAUCCGAUGGGAGGCAUGCCGCCACCCGGUACAGGUGUGCCACCACCUGCAGGAUAUUCAGCCGGCGGUUUCGCUCCAUCAGGUGGUGCCCCAGGAUAUCCUGCUGCACCUCAGCCAGCCUAUCCACAGGCACCAGGUGGUUCUUAUCCAGCAGGAGGUGUACCUCCUCCAGGCCAGUACCCCGGAAGUACACAACCAGGGCAACAGCAGGGAGGUUAUACAGGUCAAGGUGGUUACCCAGGACAACAACCUUCCAGUGGAUACCCAGGUCAAGGAAGUUAUCCUGCCCAGCCUAGUGGUUACCCUGGACAACAGCCAAGUCAAGGAGGUUACCCUGGACAACAGCCAAGUCAAGGAGGUUACCCUGGACAACAACCUCCCCCAGCUCAGGUGGGGGUGCCAGGCCAGCAGUCGUAUGCUCCUCAAGGACAACCGGGAUAUGGGCAGGCCCCAGGAGGUAUGACCUCAGCCACUGCUGGAAUGGGGAACCUCCACAUUGGUGGUGGAUCUAUGGGGGAUAUUCCUCGACCUACCAUUCGACCCGCGAAUCCCUUCAAUUGUGAGCACGACACACAGGUCCUCCGAACAGCCAUGAAAGGAUUUGGCACAGAUGAGAAGGCCAUUAUCGACGUGAUCGGCCAUACAUCCAACAAACAGAGACAGGAAAUUCUCAUCAUGUUCAAAACCUUGUAUGGAAAGGAUUUAAUCAAAGAUCUGAAGUCUGAGUUAUCUGGGGACUUGGAGGAACUAAUUCUAGCUCUGUUUAAACCCACCGAUUAUUACGAUGCCUGGUGUUUGAAUAAAGCCAUGAGUGGCAUUGGAACAAAGGAAUCAAUCCUGAUUGAGAUACUGAGUACCAGAACGAAUGCUGAAAUCAGAGGCAUCAAGGCAGCAUAUAAACAGCACUUUGGUCGAGAGCUGGAGAGAGAUUGUUCCCAUGAAACUAGUGGACAUUUCAAGAGGCUGCUUGUGUCUUGUUGUCAGGCAAACAGAACGGAGUUGACAGACAGUCAGAGACAGAUGCUGAUGCAGCAGGGACCUGAGGCAGUUGUGGACCGGGCUCUGGCCCAGCAGGAUGCCCAGAAACUGUACCAAGCAGGUGUCAAAAAGAUAGGCACUGACGAGUCUGCCUUCCUGGCGGUGUUGUCCAUCAGACAUGAGUUCCAGAUGAGGGCCACGUUUGAAGAGUAUCAAAAGCUUUCCGGAAAGGAUAUUCUGAGUUCAAUAAGUUCUGAAAUGUCGGGAGAUCUAGAAGAUGGAUUCAAGGCAUUAAUUCAAAGUGCAAAAAAUCGACCCAAGUUCUUCUCAGACAAGCUCUACAAGGCGAUGCGAGGGAUUGGAACCAAUGACUCCAGUCUUAUUAGGAUUAUUGUAUCUCGAUCAGAGAUUGAUUUACAGAACGUUAAAGAUCAGUAUAUGAAAGACUAUGGGAAGACUUUGAAUGCUGCUGUUUCCUCGGAAACCAGCGGGGACUACAAAAAACUCUUGCUGGCUCUGGUUGGACACUGAACACUACUGCUGGACAAUACUACUUAUACAACUAUAGACAGCUUUGAAAUUUAUGAUAGCAUUAGCAGCUACAUUUUUACAAUAAAGCUUUUCAGCAAUGUUAACUUUGGAUCCUGGUUUACUAUAGAUAUAUUUAUAUUGAAGCUUUCUUUUGCAUGGUAGGUACCGGUAUGUUUUAGUCAGAAAAAACGUGUUUGUAUUUAUGCCCUUGGGACAUGGACACGAUUUGAGCUGCUUAACAAAGGUAUUACUAAUGAUCAGCAAAAAUUUGAAUGUCAGUAGUCACGGUACAUGGGAGAUAAUGAGGUCACAAUUUAAGUCCUUGUUAUGUGAACAAGGCUCAUGCCAUGUUUUUGUUUACAUAGGUUAAAUAAACCAGUAAAAGUUUUGUUUAAAGCAGAUUUUUUCAAUUUAUAAGUGAAUUCUUAACACAAUUAUAUACUUUCUAGUGUUUGGCACAUCUUAUUUUGUUUUAAACACGCUAUUUUCUAUUAAACAGUCUAAUGUAAACAAAAAAUGACAGAGCCUUGUUUACAUAGCAAAGAAUUGCGAGUGCUGUAUCUCACUUAUAACUCAAAAACUGAUAUUCAAAUUUUGGUCGAACAUUAGAAAUACUUUAGUUAAUCACUGUAAACAAUAAAAAUUGAAAAAUAGAAUUGAAAUUUUUUAGCUCAAAUCGUGUCCAUGCCCCUUUAAAUAUAUGGUUAUUAAUUUGAUAAGCUUUAGCAAUGUUGAUUUAAGAUUUGAAUAGAAUUGUUUUUUAUAAGUAAGUGUUUUUUAAUGGUGUACAUGUUUAUCAAACUUUCUCAAUUUCUGAACAAAUUUGUACUUUUCUGUUUAUUGUAUUUAUGACUAUGAUUGGAUCUUAUGGUCUUUAGAUGUAUGAGAGGUUUUUUUUUGUUUUUUUUCUACUUCACAUGCACUGCUAAUUCCACGGUAACAUCAGCGUAUGCUCCAGCCAUUGCUGGGAUGUUCAUUUUAGUCUGGAGCGGUGUUUGAUUGCUUUAUCUACUUUAUUAUUUAAUAAAUAUACAAAAUAAAAA